CGCCGGCCCGGCCCAAGUCAGUCAUUCACCGGACUACCAGCCCAAUACACACACCAAACAUGAAGGCCUUUAUUGUGUUCGCCUGCUUAGCCGUUGCGACGGCCCGCGCCGGUAUCGCCCACGGCGGAUAUGGCGGCUAUGGUGGCUAUGGUGGCUAUGGUGGUGCCGGUUUGGCCAUCACUGGACAAGGAAUCCAUGGUGGUGGUGCCGGUCUGAGCGGUGGACUCGCCGCUGGUGCUGGAACCGCUGCCUCCCUCCAGGGUGGUGCCUCCAGCUUGGGAUCUGGUGGUCUUGGUGCCAGCUAUGCUGCUGGUGCUGCAGCGGCGGCUGGUGCUGCUGGAGUUCAGCAGAUCGUUUCUGGUGGAGUCAUUGGUGGCAGGUCUGACAUCGGACCCGCUGAGGGACCCAAGGCCAACGUUGGACCCCAGACCGGACCAUCUGAUCUCGUAGGACCCCAGGAGGGAGCCAAGUCCGUUGGUGGACCUCGCACUGGACCAUCCAGUCUUGUAGGACCUGCUGCCGGCCCAUCCACCCUUGUUGGACCGUCCCAGGGAACCGCUACUCUUGUUGGACCAUCCCAGGCUACCGCUAACCUCGUUGGACCCAGCUACGGAGGUGUUGCCUUCUAUGCCGGAGCUGGUAAUGUCAACGGUGAUGAUGGAAGCUCUGGAGCUGCUGCUAACGCCGCGCCUGGUGGUGGUCUCGGAGGCGGUCUCGGCCUUGGUGGCGCUGGAAUUGCUGUCAUCGGUGGCGGUGCUGGACUCGCUGGUGGCCUCGGUGGCGGUGAUGCCGGAGUUGCUGUGAUCAACGGACCAUCUGGCGCCAUCCACGCCGGACUCGGUGCUCACGGAGCCAUCAUCCCCGCGCCCAUUGGCAAGUGGUAGACGUUUUAAGACCCCAGCGAUCUCGGCUCGGCGACGGCGGCAAACCCACCACAGUCACUUACCGGUCUCGAACGAUCCUCAAACGCGCUCAACGUCUUCUUCCCAAAGCUUCGUCCAGUCUUGGAACAUGAUCGGAGCACAAUUGGCGCUAGUGAUAUGAUCGUCAGACACUCGGAACACACACGAAACGGUCGAUCGGUCGUACUUAUGUACACCGCGGACCGAUAAAACGCGAUCCGAAGGACAAAUGGAUAAGACUGUUGAGAACGGCACCGAGAUUUCGGCCACUCGUGAUUCGCGGCUCCGUGUCAUUUUCUCCUCGUUCUCGACCCGCUACAACCGGGUAAAAUUUAGUCAAUUACCGUUCAUCGCGAGACCAACGAUAAAGGAAACUCGGCACGGGCCGUGUUUUACCGUUCUCGGCAACACGAACACCUCGUCGUACCUCAACGGACUUUGACGCGCAUUCCGAAUUGCGACCGUGUGACACAAAGCCACCCGUAUCACACGCGUAUCACACUGCACCACCAUGGACCUAGCAAGUGGACAAGCUUUGGCACUUCGUCGUCGAAUCAACUGGAUCUGUUCUGUUUUCUGAACACCCACCGUUGGUCCGGCUGAACCUUCUUCUCUUACGUCUUCCACCAUCCGUAAGGCCGCCGCUCUUCACGCACAUAUCUAUUUCUCUCUUUUUUCACGGAUCGAUCGCGUCAAAGCGCACGUUCCCGCAUGUUGUUAUACUUGCUAUACCGCCGCACCACAAGCAUACAUAUUAUUAUUACUCGCGUUCAUGCGCACAUAUGUUCUUUUUAUAUAUAUAUGUAUACAUAUUAUUACCUAUUACUUUUC